UCCCAAUUGACGACCGGGCUUGAUAAUGUGGUCCGAACAGACGAGCUCUAAACCGAGUCCCGGUGUAAACGACGUUGAGAAGGAUGGAGAACCACAGGUGGUUGUUGAGCAAGCGCCCGUCGAGUUACCAGAGGAAAAAGAUCCGCCAUUGCUAAGAUUUUGCCAAUCAUUUUGGCAUCGUCUUGCAACAUGGGGUGUUGAGCUUCGGGGAAUUGUUCCUAUUGGCGUGGAUGAACGGACGGACAAGAGAGUGGUGAAUGUCUUUCUUCUGUGGUUCACAGUUAGCUGUAAUGUUUUACCAAUCAUUACUGGCAUGGUGGGAACACUCAGCCUUGGUCUGAGUUUACGGGAUGCAAUCCUUGUCAUUAUUUUUUUCAACCUCCUUUGCACCAUUCCACCGGCGUAUCUCUCGAUCUUAGGCCCCAAGACUGGUCUUCGGCAGAUGAUACAAGCACGUUACACCUUUGGGAUAUAUCUAGUAAACAUUCUCGUUUUGCUGAAUCUCGCGACGGUUUCCGGAUUUACAAUCAUCGACUGUGUUAUCGGUGGUCAGACUCUUUCCGCUUUAAACAGCAGCGAUGUCAGCGUGAACGUCGGUAUCGUUAUUGUCGCCGUCCUUGCUCUAUUUAUAUCCUUCUUUGGGUACAAGGUCUUGCAUCGGUAUGAACGAUAUGGCUGGGUUCCGGUUUUCAUCAGCAUCGUUAUUGCCACUGGCUGUGGUGGAAAGCACCUCAGCAAUCAGGUUGUACCAGCUCCGCCUUCAGCUUCAGCCAUCGUCACAUUUGGCGGUUUGAUCGCUGGGUAUCUCAUUCCUUGGGCUGCGCUGAGUUCGGACUUCUGCACGUACAUUUCACCCGACAUAUCUUCCAAACGCAUCUUUGCCUAUGUUUACUUGGGCCUAUUCGUACCUACCGUCCCGCUCAUGAUCCUCGGGGCCGCAGUUGGCGGGGCAGUCCCCAACGUCCCAGACUGGGCCCAGGCCCAUGAAACCGGCUCUGUUGGCGCGAUAUUCGCCUCGAUGCUCUCACCCGCGGGCGGAUUUGGGAAAUUCAUAACCGUCCUCCUCGCAUUCUCGACCCUGGGCAACAUAGCAGCAACCAUCUACUCCAUAACGCUGAACUUUCAGAUCCUCCUACCAGUCCUUGUGCGCGUACCCCGUGCGCUCUUCGCCUUUGUCUUCAUCGCGAUCAUCAUCCCAAUCUCCAUACGCGCAGCGUCAAGCUUCUUCGCGUCCCUCGAAAACUUCAUCGGCGUCAUCGCCUACUGGUCUGCGGCUUUCUUUUCCAUCGUCACCGUCGAACACCUCGUGUUCCGCAAGGGGAGAUACGAAUCGUACGACCCGACAAUCUGGAAUGUGGGUUCUGCACUGCCCAGCGGGGUGUCUGCGUUAGCAGCUGGCGUUCUGUCGUUUGCGUUGGUAAUUCCGUGCAUGUCCCAGACGUGGUAUGUUGGGCCGAUCGCAAAGAAGACGGGGGAUAUUGGGUUCGAAAUUGCACUGGUGCUGAGCGCCUUGUUGUACUUACCGCUGAGGGCUGCUGAGAUAAAAUGGCGGAAGAGGCUAUAACUAAGUAUUAUAUGGGUUUGUUAUUUUAUUGCUUUGUAUGGGUUUUGGAAAGCUGGUCUUGCGAGCAAAGAUAAUCUGUGAGCAGGUGGAUAUUUUGGUAUAUUAUCCCUGGGCAGAUAUACCCCCGAGUAGUUGCACAGCCAGCCUAUUUAGUAGCUCAUCCCCUCAUUUUGUCGUGUUUCACAGUGAUAGAGUUAAUUUUGGACAAUAG